AUGGAUCAAGAUCAACAACAUUCACCUCCAUCUACUCCUUCAUCAUCAACCUAUAAGGAUUAUGCAAUAAAUAUUAUAAAUCAAGCAGUUAUUAAAGGUAAUAAUAUUGCAGAUAAAAAUCCAGCUAGUAAAAGAGCCAUUGCAAUAAAUACUGCAUCAACGUUAUUAGAAAUGGGUUUAGAUAAAUAUAGUGGACGUAAAGGUUCUGUUGAUUUAACUGAUGAAGAGAUAGCUCAUAUAGAAUCAAUGGCUGAAUCAGCUGACGAAAAUGCUACAACUACUAACAAAAGAAAUUCACAUUUUACUGAUCGAAUGAUUGAAAGAUUAUUAAAAUCUGCCUUACCACAAGAUAUUCCUGAAAGAGAAUUAUUUGAAAAAAGGCUAAAUGAUCCUGAAAGAAAUAAAAGACCUGGUUUAUCAAUUACAUUAUUAGCUUCAAAUGUUAAAAAAUUGGCAUCAAAAAUGACUAAUUUCUUUGCAAUUCAAUAUCUUUUGAUAAGUAUAAUAUCAUGGAAACAACCUACAAAAACUUUAUGUGUUUUAUGUUUAUAUACGGCAGUUUGUUUAUGGCCACAUUUAGUAUUAGCAUUACCUUUAUUAUUCAUAUUAUUUGGCAUUUUAAUACCUGGUUAUGUUUAUAGACAUCCUCCAAGAAGACCUGAUUUAAUUAAAAUCAAAAAAAGAGGUCAAUCAUUUUUCAGUUUUUUACUUGAUACUCCUGAAACUAGUAUAGUUGAAGAUAUGGUUGAUGAAGAAUAUUUGCGUCAAGAUGUUGAAGUUGCAUCAUCAACUUAUUCUAUUCUGGAAGAAUAUUCUGAAUCAAAUACAUUAACAUCACAAACACCAACUCAAACAACAAGUGCAGAAAGUUCAGAUUCCAAAAAAGAUACUGCAAAACAUAGAAAAUCACAAUUGGCAUUAUUAAUAAAUCUACGAGAUUUUCAAAAUUUAACAACUGAUGUAUUAAAGGGAAUUGAUCAUGGUGAAAAAUUUUAUUAUGAAACUGCUGGGUUUAAAGAUGAGAGAUUAUCAACAUUUAUAUUUUAUGGAGUUUUAGUUGUAACUUUUGGUACAUUAUUUUUUGGUCAAUUUAUUCCCUGGAGACCAAUUUUCAUUCAAACUGGAUGGAUCGGUUUAAUUUUAUGUCAUCCAAAAUGUAAGAAAUAUUUAAUUGAUAUGAGUAAAUCAAGAAAAGCAAAUGCAUUAUUAAAUAAAAAACCAUCACCUCCACCAGUUAUAAUUGAAGAUGCAGAUAAAGAAGUUAAACAAUUUGAUAGAAAAGAUAUCAUUGUUGACGAUUCACCAGAAAUUAGAGUUGUUGAAGUUUAUGAAUUACAAAUUAAAAGUAUAUUAAAACUGAAAUGGUCAUUUUAUAGAUAUUCAACUACAAUUUAUGAUAAAAAUAAUAAAUCAAGGUUAUCGGGUAAAAGACCACCUGGAGUGGAUCAUUUAUCAAAAGUUUUACCACCAAAUGAUUGGAAAUUUGAUUUUGGAUUAGUCAAUAAAUGGAUUUUAGAUCUUGAACCUAAAAAAUUCAUUAAAGAAAGAUCUUUAAAUUCAGAUUUAUUUAUCAUUAAAGAAAAUGAAGAUCAAGGUUGGAUCUAUGAUAAUAUGAAAGAUGUAGUUCAUCUGGAUAUUAUUUAUGAAUUUAGAAGAAGAAGAUUAUAUAGAGAAUGUUAUAGAUAUGGUCGUCCUCAUAAGAAACCAUGA